AAGACGAUGGGCUGGAACCACCCACACAUCUCCUUGGAGCAACUCUUGAAUCUGAUCAAAGGGUUUGUCGAUAUACUGCUUCUGCUUUCUGGGUAUCAAUCCUCUGGUCGCCUUGCCCACUGGGACUCCCACAACAUAAAAAAAGCCUUCCAAUGGGGCCUCUUCUUUGAGAAGGUUCUUGGAAGUUUUGGCUGCUCAGAUGAUUAUGGGGGCUCUAUGGAGGAGCUUGAUGCAGCUCUAUCUGAAAUGACAUCUGCUGCUUCUCUUCCUAAGGGGCUUGCACAUCUUUCAUCUGCAAAUCUUACUACUGCACGGCACUUUGUAUUAGACCAUCUCAUUCAUACCUUACCGUUGAGGGAUGCACAUCUCAGAGCUUUGCUGAUGGCAACUGUAGAGAUGGAUCUUGAAGAGCUAUCAGAAACUGAGCAUGAUUUUCUGAAUGCAUACUUCAACAAGUUGAAGUUGCAGAAUACAUCACUUCACCGAAGCAUUGCAUCAGCUACAAAGAUUGAAAAUUGCGCUGGUGAUGGUUUCACCAAUUAUGUGGUGCAAGAGCUCUUGAAGCGGUGGUCUAAAGUUUCUUUAAUGUCAGCGGUUGAGGCAGGCUUAGAUGUUCUUUCUCAUAGUAUCAGACAUAGCAGUUGGAGCGAGUUUGAUGAUAAUUUGUUAAAAGAACAAUUAAAGCGUGAAAAUGCUCCAGACAUUGUAGAGUGGUUGGUUGGUUCUCUGACAUGGAAUCGCUGGAAAUCAAAGAAUAUCUCCUAUUUUCUUGAUAAGAGAACUAUUCAAUUGGUCUCCGGUGCCAGCAUGAUAUUUUCUGAACAAUUCAAUAAAUAUUUUGAGCUCUUGUUAGUAGGGUGCAUUGCAAGCAGAUGGACUUCUCUAAUCGAAUAUAUGGUGUCAGUUUGUUAUGAUUGCAAAAAUAUUUCGGAGCAAUAUCAUGAAGUGUGCAACUUACUUUAUGGAAGAUCUACAGCUCCUUUAUCUAAACAGGAAGCAGUGAGUUCAAAGGAAAGUAACAUUCUUGAAUAUUUGAGCGGACUUCUGGGAAGUCAGCUGCAUCAGUUGUGGAAAAUAUCCCCAUCCCUUGUAGCUGUUGCAAUUCCAUCCCGGUCACCCUUGUUUAGACUAUAUUUGAGCGAAAUUCAGAUUCAGUUUAGAGGGGAGUUUUCAACAAUGAGAUGCUGUGGCUGUGCUCAUGAUUUGAAGGAGCAUAAUGACUGUGAGCUUGCUGAGAGAAUUUGGUGCCUUUACAUUUUUCAUGUUUGUGGCUCCCACCUGUUUGUCUGAAGUUGCGAUGGUGCUUGAAAGUAUCAGGCCAGUCGUCUGUAUGGCCGGUGGGAACUUUUGAUGUAAGAGUCGACCUCAUCCCACUUAUAUGCUUCCUGGAAAGUUCACUAUCAAGAGCCUUUAAUUGAAACAGAAGCCAAAUACAACAGAUGAGCACAAGCAACUUUUCAGAGACGAUCCAUUCAAAAAGUUUUGUAUCACUUGACUGACAUUACAUCACUAGAGGCAAGUCGUCAAUCUUUUCUCCAAACUGGGACCUAUGGGACCUGGGAAUUGUUUUAAAGAAAAGUUGAAUAGACUAUUUGAUUAUAAUGUUUAUCAACUUCCACCAAUGGGAUUGUGACAUCUCGUUGAUGAUGCCUGCUAGUGGGAAUUGAUACUUGAAAGCUUCAUCUGUUUGUUUUCUUGCCAACCGUAUAUUAUUCUUGGUGCUUUUUUGCUUCAUUUCAUAUGAGCUCGCUAUAAAACAACACACAGACCAAGGUGGAUAAGGAGCUUAAAAAUGAAAGUUUCUAGCGUCUCUAGCUGUUGGAAAAUCCAGUGUUUGAAGUUGGUGAAGGGAAUCGCAAGCACCGGAUCUGCGGUCACACUUGUUAGCAUUGAAAGAAGAGCAUCAACUGGUUGUUGCCAUGUAUCCUAUCUUUUGAGGAAGUUGAUUUGGAAGUUGAAGUCGCAAUGGAAACAAGCUGUGGGAUGGCGAAAGAGCUACACUCAUUACACCUAUGAUCUUCAAAGCUAUUCUCUGAACUUCGACAACGGUUUCGAUGACCAUCUUUCACCUCAUAGUUUCCGGUGAUGCUUUGUCCUCUCAAAGGAUAUAUGGACAAUUUUUCCUUUGAGAUGUAUAGAUAUUUUCCUUUGAGUCAUGCAACUUAGAUUUACAUUCAAAAUUGUUGGCUAAUAAUAGCAUGACCAAAUUUUGUUUCAUUUUCAACCUAUUUCGUUUCUCUGCAGUGAGACUUAUGUUGUGGCAAGAUAAUGUAAAGGAAACCAAACCUUGAAAUAGUUGGAAAAAAGGGAUCUUAACAAUUGCUAUUU